AUGCCCGACGUACCACCAACCGAGUCCAUUCCCAAACCAGAGGAACCUAAAGAACCACAACAGUCUCCUCAGCAACCUCAGUUCCAGCAAGUACCUCCGAAUUACUACCAAUUUCCACCUCAAGGUUACUACCCACCACAAGGCUUCCCGAACUACCCUCCUCAGCCUAUGCCUUACUUCCCCAACCCUUGGUUGUUCCAGCAAGCUCCACCCCAGCAAUUCCAAUCUCAGUCCAAGAGAGACCAAGACUUCGAAGAAGGUCUGAACCGCUUACGCAAAGAGUAUGCUACAGCUCCAAUUGAGAGAAAGUUGUUCCCGGACCAAAAAAUAUAA